UAAAAAUUAGUCUCUGAAGUCUCAAAACCACUGCAACGAAAUCGGAGGAAAAUGUUGAAGAAAGCGAUGGCCGCCACUGCGGUGGCUCUUCGGAGUCGCCGGCCGUCUCUCAUGGUCACUUGCCGCCAUUCGACUUCCGUGACAUCCGCCGUCAACUCGUUGCUCCUCCGCUCCCUCAAAGAACACUAUCUCGAGAUCUCCAGAAUGACGCCUCCUCCGAAAGUGAGCCCUCCUUCUUCCUUUUCUAUCAUUCAAGGGGCACUAGACGGCAAUGGACCGGUGCUUACUAGGAACUACGGUAAAGAAGAGGUUAAAAUUUCGGUUAUGCGACUGGCUAAUAUUGUUCCUGGAGGCGGUGGAGACGAUGGUGACGAUGAAAUUAACCAGUUGUUUCUUCAUGUGACUGUAUCGAAGCUGGAGCAGAAGGACGAUUUGCAUUUUCUUUGUGGGUUGUAUCCUGAUGCAUUAGGUAUUCAUUCUGUUUCGAUGAGACCGAAAGCCGAAUCGUCGGGGUUUCUCGUUGUUCCAUCCGGCUAUAAUGGUCCCGUAUUCGAAGAUCUAGAUGAGAAAAUGCGAGACAUAUUUCACAAUUAUAUAGAAGAGCGAGGUAUAAAUGAGUCUCUCUUUCCAUUUCUUCAAGCAUGGCUUUAUGUGAAAGAACAUCGAAAUCUUAUGCGGUGGUUCAGAUCAGUUGGCUCAUUCAUCAACGAGCACAAGAACGCUAAAGAGGAUUGAUAGUUAAUGCAUUGGAUAGGAAAACUGUUAGUCCAGAUGCUUAGAUUUCGUGGAAUUCAGGGUUCCAUCUGCAUAAUUGGUUAGGCGUAUCAGGUAAAUGGUCAAUUUCACUUUAAUUAUACAAUUUUGUUAGCCCUUUAUGUGAUGAUUUAUCUCUCCUUGUUAAGCCAUGGUUUCGUUUUCCCAUUGUUAAUCAAUUGCUAUAUAUUGUAGCUUCUUCUUGUGGAA